CCCGACUCCGUAUCCCGCUCAACAACGUUAUGGCUGAGGACGGCGUUAAUGGCGAUGAGCACCGAAGUGACAAGAGGCCGAAGACGUCCCGGCCGCUCGCCAGGACGUCGGUCGCGUGCGCUCGAUGCAGGCAACAGAAGCUGCGAUGCUCCGGCGGACAGCCGUGCCAGAGGUGCGAAAAACUAGGAUUCGCACGAGAAUGUCAUCUGCCACCACCCCGAGCAAAUCCGGGGAGUCGUUCGACAACAGCUCGGAUAGGUCAGCUGGAGAAUGAGCUGCUGAAUCUCCGGCGAGCAAUGAGUCAACAGCAAGAAAAUACACUGUACCCACAGGGAGUUUCUGGUCCUUCCCAAACACAGACCUCCCGUUCGCAGUCUUCCAACGUAUUCGCAACACCUAUUAGCCCCUCCUCACAUAAUCAUAUCGUCGGUAUUCCGGCGACCACUCCGUCGGAAGCCUCUUGGCCGUCAUCGUCGUCACCUGAAUCUCUUCAACGUCUUCAACAGCAACAAGGCAUGCCUUUGUCAGCAGUUCAUCACGGUCGACCGGGUGAAUAUCGCCCAUCUGAUGUCCUUUCGAGUACGACUAUCAAUCUGAGCCAUGGUGGACCGAGCAACCCCAGCGUGACCUUACCAACCAGUUGGAUUCGAGGAGGGUCACCAUCUUCCCCUGUCAUGCCACACGGCACAAAACGUCCACUGGAACAAACGGAAGAGCGCGUUCAGGCGCCAUUCGGCGAUGUUGUCUUUAACAAGUCAGUGUUUGAGAACCGAGAGCUGAGCAGGCUGCCUAGCCCAGCGCCUCAAGUUGGACGACGGCUCCCGUCUAACGAUGUAGUCGAAGCGGGGCUGUUAUCAAUGGAGAUGGCGGGCUACUACUAUAAUCAGUUUGUUGAUCACUGCCUGCCUUUCAUUCCCAUAUUCGCCGAUGAGCCGCCACCUACGCUGGACAGCCUUCGUGCUCGUUCUUCAUUCUUGGCCACCGUUUGCAUCACGCUAGGCGCGCGGAUCACGUCGGGUCAAAGCGAGGAACCAAUGUUCUAUCAAGCGCUGGCAGAUCACUCGGAAGGGUGCCUCGGAGCGACGAUGACGAGGAAGAUCCUGAUUUUGGAGGACGUGCAAGCCACAUUGUUGAUGAUGGGAUGGGGAUUACGGCCAAAUGGACAAGGACCCGACGCCUGGAUCCUCUCAGGGCAUGCUCUAAGGAUGGGGAAACGGCUUGGUCUCGACAGUCCAAGAAGUGGGGCAUCUAAACACAGCGAAAAGGAGCGGGAGCGCGUGUGGCAGUUGGCUUGCGUGUUCGAUUGCUACCACACGCUGGGCUUCGGUCGACCCAGCCCGUUCUGUCAGAGGCCCCUCACACCCGCGUCUUUAAGUCCAGGCUCCCGCUCAAUCUCAUCCUCUGAUAUAUUCAUCGCUUGCCAAGCCGAAUUAGCCAGUAUUUGCUUACAACUGGUCCAAUGGGCGGAUAAUUGGAGAGCCACGGGAAUGCAGCCCAUUCCUGGCAAUCUUUUAUGGUCUCAGCUGGCUCCCCGCCUGGAUGACUGGAGUGCUCGAUGGGUCUGGCCAAGUUCGCGUUUCGUGUGCGCAUCCACCCAUAUUUCUCGGCUUUAUGGGGAACACGUGCGACUGUGCCUGGCCACAUUCGUGCUCAAAACAAUAUCUCGGGAUGGCAGUGGACCAGAAGGACCCAGGCUAUCGACUGUAGUAUCAGCUGCUGCAAAAGCGGCGAGCGUUAUCGUCCAGAUCGCCAUCGAUUCUGGCAACACUGAUGAAGCCAUUUCCUUCGCUCCCGAUUACAACAUCCUCACUUUUGCGCAAGCCGGAAUGGCGAUCAUCUCCCUCGCCCGUCCUGGCCCAGACGUAUGGGACGGUUUUACCGCUGGGCUGAAUCCCGUCGAAGCUGCGGAGGUUGCCGAUGCUCGACCUGACGAAAACGCCGCGACCUAUCUGCUGAAGUCUCUGACUGUUGCUCUCUCCCGCAGAGAUUUGAGCAGGACUGGAUUGGCCACUUUCUUGAGCAAGAAGCUCCAAGCUGCCGCUGCUCGCGCUGGCUUGUAUCUAGAUGGUGUUCGAACAAAAGAGCCACCUCCUACACGCACUCCGAUGACUGGUCCAUUUCACACUGGAGCUUCUUAUGAUGUUGCUUCUCAAAACAUUCCACAGCCGGCAGAAAUCGACGACGCUGCCGUGGCUACACAGAUGGAAGUGUCUACCUGGAACAAUGCUCUCGAUCCUUUCUUCUUCUUUGACCCAGCAUUGGCUAAUUUAUGGUAUGAACAGCCACCACCGCAAUGA